AUGCGCAUCGCUCUUGGUGGGGCCGUGUUCUUGGCGUCGCUUGUGGUCACGGGCUGGACGGCCCUGGCCUGGGUCCUGACCCCGACCUUCCUACUGGCGGCGUUGCCUCUACCGGCGGGUCUGCAGACCAAGCGCUUCUACCGCCGCGUCACUCGCUUCAUGUGCGUCGACAGGAAUACGCACAGCGUCCGUUAUGACACUGACAUACAAUGGGCGUGGAUGGGCCAAGUGGUGCUGCUGCUUGAGAAACUGUUCGGCAUCCAGGUCCGCGUGUACGGCGACGCUGAGACCAAGAAGCACGAGAACGAAAUGCCGCAAGAUCGAGCGCUGUGGCUGUCGAACCACCGCACGCGCAUCGACUGGAUGCUGCUGUGGAGCGUGGCGUGGCGGACUCGCACGCUGCAUCAAUUGCGGAUCGUCCUCAAGGCUCCGCUGCGGAAAAUCCCCAUCUUCGGUUGGGCGAUGCAGCACUUCAUCUUCAUUUUUCUGCAACGCCGCUGGGCUGAUGACCAGGUGAACCUCCGCAAGUUGCUGCCGUUCCUAUCAUCCGCAGAACCGGAGGCCUCAUACCUCCUGUUCCCGGAAGGAACGGACCUCAGUGAAAGCAACCUGGAGAAGAGCGCCGCCUUUGCGAAGAAGAACGGUUUGCUGCCGCGUCAGUACUCAUUGUACCCGCGUACGACUGGCUGGACAUUCAUCUUCCCGCUGCUGCGCUCACAGCUUACGGCUGUAUACGAUGUCACGAUGUUCUACGUGGACUACGCCGCGAACGAGCGCCCAUCGGAGGCAUCGUUGCUGAGCGGUCGUGUGCCGAGAAUGAUCCACUUCUACAUCGAACGAGUGGACAUUUCGGCGCUGCGCGACAAAAGCGAGAGCGAGCUUGCAACGUGGAUGGAGCAACGGUUCGAGCGCAAGGAGUCAAUGCUGAAGGCAUUCUACGAGUCGAACGGGAAACUCCCGGAUGGAGCGAAGCCUCUUUUCCAGGAGGAGCAGGGAGCUGUGUUGACCGCCCUGGUGGCGUUUUGGCUCGUAUUGAUCGGCGCUGCCACGAUAUGCGGACUGAUCGGCAACUUGAUCUCAGUUGUAGCAGCCGUUAUCAUCAUCGCUGGCUACAGCAUCGGCACCGCAUAUGGCUCUGGUGUUGAUGGAUUCCUCAUAGCUAGAGAAGAACUGCGUUCGUAA